AUGUCGCUCUUGAGAACGUCUUCUGGGUCUUUUUCCAGCAUCUCCCAGUCAUGUGCAUUUGGUGGCUUAUCACAGAUCCGUACUGCCACGAAAAGAGUCAGCGGUUCCAAGACCAACAAAAAUGACUCUGCGGGUCGUAGAUUAGGGCCCAAGGCAUACGAGAACACGUUUGUCAAUACAGGUGAGAUUAUAAUGAGACAAAGGGGUACCAAGAUCCACCCAGGUGAAAACGUAGCUAUUGGCCGUGAUCACACGAUUUUUGCCAUGGAGCCAGGUUACGUGAAGUUCUACUUGGACCCUUUCCACCCAUUGAGGAAGUUUGUGGGUGUUGCAUUAAAAAAAGACCAGACGUUACCAAAAAACCACUUCGAUCCACGAUUGAGAAGGUUUGGGUAUGAGCAAAUAUUAGAUGAGGCCGAGGCCAAGAAAGAGGAGGAUCACAUGAGCAGGAAAGAAUACCUAGCCCAAGAUGAGUUGAAGAGAGCAGAAGAGAAGAGACAAGCUUCUGCACAAAAAUACAGGUCGUGGAUGGAGCAACAAAUUCAAAAGACGUUUCCAGAACUCAAAGAUUCUGACAAGGCUACAGAGAGGUUGUUCAAAAUCGGUUCGCUCAUGAAGAUAGGCCAAUCGUUGGAGGAGGCAAGAGACCAGGUAACAUUCACUGAAAUCUUCGAGCUUCAGUUGGCACAAAGACGUGGUGAGCUUCUGGAACAAGAAGUUAAGAAGAAAUCUGACGAAUACAAAAAGUUCGCCUCUGAGUUAGAUGCUGCUGUUGUUUUGGACCAUAUGACCCAAGUUCAUAAACCACUUACCGCAGAAGCGAUCCAGCAGAAGAAGACGGAUAUUCUCGCCAAGCUAGAUGCCGAGUUCACGAACAUUAUCCUCAAAGCAGAACACAAGCAGGCAAUCAACGAGCUUUUAAACACGCCAGGCGUUUUCACUCACGAGGAGAUCAUAGAGUUCAGACAUAAGUACAUCCCCAAGGUAUUGCCAGAGACUGUCCCAGGUACAGUGCUUGACAUUCCGAAGGGCAAGAAAUUGCCUAAGAACGCUGUGGAGGUUAAGACAUUUGAUCCAGUGAAGAAGAUUUUCAGAAGGGUGGUGAGAACUACUGACGCCUUCCCCUAA